AUGAGGUUCACACAAUUUCUCCGGCUCCUUGCCAUCGCCGGCCCGGCGCUCGCGGCGCUCGAAGUUGACGGAGACGCGUGCACAGUAACACCACUUGGGACUGGGACCAACGGCAAAGACCCUGACGACACACCCCAGAUCCUGAGCGCGUUCAAGCAAUGCGGCAAGAACGGACGCAUCGUGCUUACGGAAGGCCUGUUCCACAUCGGACAAGUGAUGAAGACGACAGAUCUGGCCAAUGUGUCGAUUGAGAUCCACGGCACGCUCAAGUGGUCAGCCGAUAUACAGUACUGGCUGCGCAACAGCCUCUCGGUCACGUACGCUGGGCGAAGCACAGCCUGGAUGUUGGGCGGCAAUGAUAUCAAACUUCUCGGCUUCGGCAAGGCUCUGUUUGACGGCAACGGGCAGCUGUGGUACGACCAGAACCGCAAUCAGGGGAACCAGAACGGGCGGCCGAUCUCAUUGACACUGUGGCACGCGCGCAACGUCCUCGUUGACGGCAUCACCUGGCGCCAGGUCCAGUUCUGGCACACCUUUGUCGCCUACAGCCAGAACAUCACCAUGACCAACCUCGACAUGAACGCCACGAGCAACAGCCAGUGGAAGACGGUCAAUACAGACGGCGUGGACACAUGGAACUCAAAGGACGUUGUCAUCGCGAACUGGACAGUCACCUGUGGCGACGACUGCAUCUCUAUGAAAGGCAACAGCACGAACAUCUCGGUGUCUAAUGUGACCUGUCGAGAGAGUGGCUGCGCUUGCAUCGGCUCCAUAGGCUCUCAGCCAUCGCAGCCAGACUACGUGGAGAACGUGUACUUCGACAACGUGACGUGCAAGCACUCGUCGAAUGCAGCGUGGAUCAAGACGUAUAGUGGGACAGGGCAUGUGCGUAACAUCACGUUCGCCAACUUCCGCAUCAGCGAAGUCGACCAGCCCAUUUAUGUGACUCCAUGUAUCUAUUCCGCCAACGGGUGCGACUCCAGUCGCCUGGCCAUCAGCGAUGUGCGCUGGGUCAACAUCACUGGCACCAGCAGGUAUAACGUUGCUGCGGGCAUCCAUUGCAGUGCUGCGGCGCCGUGCAAGGGUUUCAGUAUGGAGAACGUAAAUAUCACGCCCGCGGCCGGGGGUUCGGCCAAGUGGCUGUGUUCCAACAUACAGAACCAAGGCAGUUCUGGGAUACCAUGUACGGGAACCUGUCCGGCGGACUGGCCACAGCAGCUGAAAGGAAAUCGUUAA